AUGGCCGAGCCGCGGGGCGACAUCCCCGCCGGCCGGCGGCUCCUGCGCGAGCACCACGGCCAGCUGGCCAAGGUGGCCGACUACUGCGAGAGCAGCUACGUGCAGGCGAGCGACAAGAGGAAGGCGCUGGAGGAGACCAUGGCCUACAGCACGCAGUCCCUGGCCAGCGUCACCUACCAGAUCGGCGCGCUGGCCGGCAGCUUCCUGGAGCUGCUGGAGCUGCAGGCGGCCGAGCUGCGCAGGGUGGAGGCCGACCUCAACUGCGUGGCCCUGCUGGUCGACAUGCACAAGGAGAAGGUGGCGCGGCGCGAGGUCGGCUCCCUCRCCGGCCCCAGGCGCUUCCCGGCCUCCCAGAAGGUCGUUUCUCCGGCCAGCCCGCCCAGCCUGGAGCCCUAUUACAGGAAACCCCUCAACUUCAGCGUCCUGGACGACGUCGGGCACGGCAUCAAGGACCWGAGCACCCAGCUGUCCCGCACCGGCACCCUGGCGCGGAAGGGCGKGAAGGCGGCCGCGGGCACCCUGGGGAGGGGCCCGCGCAUCCCCGAGCCCGUCCAGCCCCCCGUGGUCCCCGAGGGAAAGCUCUCCGCCGCCUCCUCCUCUUCCUCCUCCUCGCUGGCAUCCACCAGCUCCGGCGGAGCCCCGGGCCCGGCAGGUGACGGUGUCCCCGCGCCGCCGCCGCCGGCCUCGUGUGUGCCGCCCGCCCUGGGCCUGGCCAGCGUCCCGCCGCCGCCGCCACCGCUGCCCGGGGACCUGCCACCGCCGGGGGACCUGGACCUGCCACCAGGGCAAAGCUCCCAAGAGGCAGCUGGAUCCAUGGCAUCCUCCUCUGCCCGGCGGGGGCUCGCGGGAAGCUCCACGGGCCCCCCGGGAGCGACGCGCAGCCCAGGAGGCCAACGCGGGCGGAGGCUUCGGGAUUCGGCCUCYGGGAGAGCCCGGGAGCGCCCGGAGCUGCAGGUUCAAGGCCAGAACCGGCAGAUCCUGCUAAGGACCAGAGGGGCCCCAAAGGAGCCGCGGGAGCAGGAUGUGGAGCAGGAGCCGGACGAGCUCCCGCCUGCGGGGCCCUGCGUUUAA